CUUCUGCCGGGCCAGUCGCGCGUGGGCUGAGGCCCGGGCGGGCGCUGCGAAGGGCCGCUUGCUCGAGUUCCGACGCCUCGGCGGUCCCGAGGUCCCUCCCGGGCCGGGGCGCACCCCCCGCCUGGGGCGAAUGAGCGGUCGCGUGGGCCGCUGAGAGCGGGCUGGGGAGCGCCCGCCCCGCGGCCAUGAACUCGCCCGUGGACCCCGGCGCCAGGCAGGCGCUGAGGAAGAAGCCGCCCGAGCGGACCCCCGAGGACUUAAAUAUUAUUUAUUCUUAUCUUCAUGGAAUGGAAAUAUUAUCAAAUCUCAGGGAACAUCAGCUUAGAUUAGUGUCUGCAAGAGCACGCUAUGAGAGAUACAGUGCCAAUCAGAUUCUUUUUUGUGCAGAAACUAUUGCCAGAUGUUGGUAUAUCCUGCUCUCUGGAUCUGUGCUUGUGAGAGACGCCAUGGUCUUGCCUCCUUGCAGUUUUGGUAAGCAGUUUGGAGGAAAAAGAGGAUGUGAUUGUCUUGUAUUAGAGCCUUCAGAAAUGAUUGUGGUAGAGAAUUCUAAAGAUAAUGAAGGUAGUAUUCUACAAAGAGAAAUUCCUGCCAGACAGUCUCGAAGAAGAUUUCGAAAAAUUAACUAUAAAGGAGAGCGCCAAACAAUUACCGAUGAUGUGGACAUUAACAGCUAUCUUUCUCUUCCGGCUGAUCUCACCAAGAUGCACCUCACAGACAACCCUCAUCCACAGGUGACUCACGUGUCUUCUAGUCAGUCUGGCUGCAGCAUUGCCAGUGACUCUGGGAGCAGCAGUUUGUCUGACAUCUAUCAGAAUGUAAAUGUGAGUUCAGGAGCACCAAUUGGUAACAAUGUUUUUCUACGUGUGGCUACGGAGAGUGAGGUAGGAGAUGUAGAUUUAACACGUCUGCCAGAAGGACCUGUUGAUUCUGAGGAUGAAGAAGAGGAAGAUGAAGAAAUUGAUCGAACAGAUCCAUUGCAGGGGCGAGAUCUUGUUCGAGAAUGUCUUGAAAAGGAGCCUGCAGACAAAACUGAUGACGACAUUGAACAACUUCUGGAGUUUAUGCACCAGCUCCCUGCUUUUGCAAACAUGACCAUGUCUGUAAGGAGAGAACUCUGCUCAGUGAUGAUUUUUGAAGUGGUAGAGCAGGCUGGAGCUGUUAUUCUUGAAGAUGGGCAAGAGCUCGACUCAUGGUAUGUCAUUUUAAAUGGCACUGUAGAAAUCAGUCAUCCAGAUGGAAAAGUUGAAAAUCUGUUUAUGGGAAAUAGUUUUGGAAUUACUCCCACUCUGGAUAAGCAAUACAUGCAUGGAAUUGUCAGGACUAAAGUAGAUGAUUGUCAGUUUGUCUGCAUAGCCCAGCAGGAUUAUUGGAGAAUUUUAAAUCAUGUGGAAAAAAACACCCACAAAGUUGAGGAAGAGGGAGAAAUUGUCAUGGUGCAUGAGCACCGUGAACUAGACCGGAGUGGAACCAGGAAAGGACAUAUUGUAAUCAAGGCAACACCUGAGCGUCUCAUCAUGCAUUUAAUAGAAGAACAUUCCAUUGUGGACCCAACUUAUAUAGAAGAUUUCCUAUUAACUUAUAGGACAUUUCUUGAAAGUCCUUUGGAUGUUGGGAUCAAACUAUUGGAGUGGUUUAGGAUUGACAGCUUAAGGGAUAAGGUGACACGGAUUGUAUUAUUAUGGGUAAAUAAUCAUUUUAAUGAUUUUGAAGGUGAUCCUGCUAUGACUCGAUUUCUAGAAGAAUUUGAAAGAAAUCUGGAAGAUACAAAAAUGAAUGGUCAUCUCCGGCUGUUGAAUAUUGCCUGUGCCGCCAAGGCCAAGUGGAGACAGGUUGUGCUUCAGAAGGCUUCCCGGGAGUCCCCUCUGCACUUCAGUCUUAGCGGAGGGAGCGAGAAGGGAUUUGGUAUUUUUGUUGAAGGAGUGGAACCUGGUAGCAAAGCUGCUGAUUCAGGACUGAAACGUGGUGAUCAGAUAAUGGAAGUAAAUGGACAAAACUUUGAGAAUAUUACAUUUGUGAAGGCCCUUGAAAUUUUGAGGAAUAAUACUCAUCUUGCACUUACUGUCAAGACCAAUAUUUUUGUAUUCAAAGAGUUACUUGGUAGGACUGAACAAGAGAAAUCUGGUGUUCCUCAUAUUCCCAAAAUUGCUGAAAAAAAAAGUAAUCGCCAUUCUAUCCAGGAUGUGCCAGGAGAUAUUGAACAGACAUCACAGGAGAAAGGAAAUAAGAAAAUUAAAGCAAAUACUGUUUCAGGUGGAAGAAACAAAAUCAGGAGAAUUCUGGAUAAAACACGAUUUAGUAUCUUGCCUCCAAAACUAUUUAGUGAUGGAGGCCUAAGCCAGUCACAGGACGACAGCAUUGUGGGAACGAGGCACUGCAGGCACAGUCUGGCUAUCCUGCCGGUUCCCGGGACACUCUCCUCCAGCAGCCCUGAUCUCCUGCAGCCCACCACCAGCAUGCUGGACUUCUCCAACCCUUCCGGUAGUUUCCAUAUUCCUGAUCAAGUUAUAAGAGUUUUCAAAGCAGAUCAGCAAAGUUGCUACAUUAUCAUCAGUAAAGACACUACAGCUAAAGAAGUAGUUUGUCACGCUGUUCAUGAAUUCGGUUUGACUGGUGCAUCCGACACGUAUUCUCUCUGUGAAGUUUCUGUCACUCCUGAAGGUGUCAUAAAACAGAGAAGACUUCCGGAUCAGUUCUCCAAAUUAGCUGAUAGAAUUCAACUCAAUGGAAGGUACUACCUAAAAAAUAACAUGGAGACAGAAACCUUGUGUUCAGAUGAAGAUGCUCAGGAGCUAGUCAGGGAAAGCCAGCUGUCAGUGCUGCAGCUCAGCACCACGGAGCUGGCCACACAGCUGUCCAUGAGGGACUUUGAUUUGUUUCGUAAUAUUGAACCUACGGAAUACAUCGAUGACCUUUUCAAGUUAGAUUCCAAAACAGGAAAUACUCAUUUGAAAGAGUUUGAAGACAUCGUAAACCAAGAGACAUUCUGGGUUGCCUCAGAGAUUUUAACUGAAUCAAAUCAGCUCAAACGAAUGAAGAUUAUUAAGCAUUUUGUUAAAAUUGCACUUCAUUGUCGAGAAUGUAAGAACUUCAAUUCCAUGUUUGCAAUAAUAAGUGGAUUGAACCUGGCACCUGUAGCGCGACUCAGAGGUACUUGGGAAAAGUUGCCAAGCAAAUAUGAGAAACAUCUCCAAGAUCUGCAAGACCUUUUUGAUCCAUCUAGAAACAUGGCAAAGUAUAGAAAUAUUCUUAGCAGUCAAAGCAUGCAGCCUCCAAUUAUUCCUCUCUUCCCCGUUGUCAAGAAAGAUAUGACAUUUCUACAUGAAGGAAAUGACUCCAAAGUAGAUGGGUUAGUAAACUUUGAGAAGCUAAGAAUGAUUGCCAAGGAAAUACGCCAAGUCGUUCGGAUGACUUCUGCUAACAUGGACCCAGCUAUGAUGUUCCGACAGAGGAAGAAGAGGUGGCGGAGUCUGGGGUCCUUGAGUCAAGGCAGCACAAAUUCAAACAUGCUGGAUGUUCAGGGAGGUGCUCACAAGAAAAGGGCACGCCGCAGCUCUCUGCUCAAUGCCAAGAAGCUGUAUGAAGAUGCCCAGAUGGCAAGGAAAGUGAAGCAGUAUCUUUCCAGUCUGGAUGUGGAGACAGACGAAGAGAAGUUCCAGAUGAUGUCCCUGCAGUGGGAGCCUGCAUAUGGUACCCUGACCAAGAAUUUCGGUGAGAAAAGGUCCGCCAAAGCAUGCGAAAUGUCUCCCGUGCCGGUGAGGUCCGCCGGGCAAACAGCGAAAGCCCACUUGCAUCAGCCCCACCGAGUGAGCCAGGCGCUUCAAGUGCCAGCUGUCAGCUUGCACCCCGCCAGGAAGAAGGGACAAGCCAGAGACCCUGCACUGAGUGCAAGUUUACCUCAGAAAGUUUUAGGAACAACUGAAGAAGUAAGUGGUAAGAAACAUACAGAAGACACUAUCUCUGUGGCAUCAUCCUUACAUUCUAGUCCUCCUGCAUCACCUCAGGGUUCCCCUCGGAAAGGUUAUACGCUUACACCAUCAGCUAAGUCUGACAACUUGUCUGACUCCAGCCACAGCGAGAUUUCUUCACGGUCCAGCAUCGUGAGCAACUGCUCCGUGGACUCCAUGGCCGCGGCCCUGCAGGACGAGCGCGGCUCCUCCCAGGCCCUGGCCGCACCGGAGCCCGGCGGGGCGUCGGCGGGGACGGAGCCCCCCUCGGGGCAGGGACCCCACGGUCCGCCGGGCCCCGGAUGGACACUCUCAAAGCCAUCUCUAAUCAGGGGCUUGGCUGUCUCAUCUUCUGUGAGCAGUGAAGAGGUUUCCCACGAGCAUGUCCUUACAGAAGCAGCUGACAGCGGCCGUGGAAGCUGGACUUCCUGUUCCAGCAGCUCCCACGACAACUUCCAAAGCCUUCCAAAUCCAAAAAGCUGGGAUUUUUUGAACUCUUACAGACAUGCCCAUUUGGAUGACCCUAUUGCUGAAGUUGAACCCGCUGACGGUGAGCCCUAUCCCUGUGCCAAGGGCUGCUCUAGGACUUGCAGUCAGUGUAAAGGAAGCCUAGAGACUGAUCGGCUGAGACAGAGCUGGGCCUCGUCCAGUUCUCUGUCUGACAUGUAUGAGCCAAACUAUGGGACAGUGAAGCGGAGAGUGCUGGAGAGCACCCAGGCCGAGCCCGCGGAAGGCUUGGACCCCAAGGAUGCCACUGACCCAGCGUACAAAACUGUCACUUCUAGUACGGAAAAGGGUUUGAUUGUGUACUGUGUCACCUCACCCAAGAAGGACGAUAGGUAUAGGGAGCCGCCGCCCACCCCUCCAGGAUACAUGGGGAUUUCUUUAGCGGACCUAAAAGAAGGACCCCACCUGCACCCAAAGCCUCCAGACUAUAGUGUGGCCGUGCACAGGUCCAAGAUGAUGCACAGCAGCCUCUCCAGGCUGCCAGCAGCCUCUCCCAGUAGCAGCCCUGCGGCCUGUGUGUCAUCGAGGAUCGUAACCCAGCCUCAGAGGCACCACUGGCCGCCGUCCCAUCCUAAACUAGCAGAUGUGACUGAUGCAGAUAGCGAAGCAGAUGAAAGUGAACAAGUUUCAGCAGUCUAGCUUUCGGAGGACCCAUUUGGAGACUACUGAAAAUCACAGAGGCGUGGCAGAGCCCCCUCGCGACCCUGCAGGCUGUUGCCGACAGACACCCAGUUGCUGCUGCUGCCGCCGCUGCCGCUGCCGCCCAGGGGUUUCCUGACCCGCACCCUGAGCAGUGAGACAGGCCGAGCCCUGCUGCCUUCCGUGCAGUUCCUGCCGUGAGCAGGCCCGCAGCUGCGAUGCUGUGCCCGCAUCCCAGUCUCUGCAGGGCUGGGACCGCAGUUACAGAAGAAAUAUAAAGUCAGUCAUCUCCAUGCACAUCACUGUAGAUUUCCCUUUAACACGUGGUUGUGAAGACGGGGCAUUGUUGUUUCCAAGCCACAGCUUGGGCUAAAGGACAAAUUCAAAAUGUCUGCCAAUACCAAGGAUAUUCUUGUGUUUGAAAAGUAACUUAUUAUUUGAAGUGUUGUGGUUUUGUUUGUAUUUGGGAACCCUUGUUAGCUGAUAUUUAUGGUCUGUCCAAACAGAAGUCAUCUUUGCAGAGACGAUGUGCUCAGUCUGUAGAGAGACACAGCUUGAUCUGUGGCACCGUGCGAGGCCGGGUCUGGGUGCGCGUGGAGCGGGAACCCUCUGCAGCUGAGGCGGCAGGACCUGCCGGGUCGUGCCGCGGGUGUGGGGGCCAGAGCAGCUGCACAGACUGCCUCACCCUUUGGGAAAGGAGGGGGGCGGGAGGGAGAGGCUCAGAACCCGAUUUCCAAAGAAUGAAAUUUUGAUGUUAAAUGACAUGUAUACAAAUUCUUUCUGAAGUAAUAGUUAUGCUGCAUUAUAACCACAAGUAUAAAUCCAAUAAAUAGAGAAUGGGUUCUAGAGAGUUCUACGCUGUAGAAACUGAAAACUAAAAUUUCUCACAACUCAAGUAUGAGUUCUGUUUAUAAAGGGAGUGUAAUCGCAGGUGUUGCACUCAUGAAGAUGCAUUUGACCUCAUGCAGUGUUCUGCAGCCUCUCAGAGCACCAGGCUGUGCCCAGGCUCGAUGAGCCCUGCGGCUCUCAACUACCUGCAGUACAGUUGUGUGGUUCGAGAAAGAGGAACUAGAAUUAUGGAAAUGAUUGUCUCUUGGUCCUCAGUUUAGUCCUUAAGAGGACAUACCUUUCCGUCCUCUUGGGCAUGGCUCUCUUAAUUUAAGUAAUUAAAAUUUCAGUGGCUAUUUACCGAAGAGGUAGAUUUUUUCACAUUUUUACAAAUGAAAUACAAUGUUUUUCUGUAUAUUAAGUUUAAAUUUUUUCAUUUGUUUUUUAGCGUAAAGGCAAGUGAGAUUUUAAUAAACUUCUGUGAUUACCAAAAAAAGAAAAAGCCAAAGCCAUUAAUGUUCAUUGCCCAGAUCAACUUGAAGCCAAAAAGGGUUUACUUCUGAAUGGUUGUCCACAGGUGUCCAGGUAGAUGUAGUUGGUCCGUGACUUCCUGUGUCAGUUUGUUCUUUCCUAGCUGACUCCUCCCUUUCUCUGUCUUCCUGCCUGUUCCUUUCAUUUUAAAAUCAUAAAUCAGUUUCAAGUAGUAAAUGGUAGUGGUUCAUCUUGCCCAUCAAGAGUGUCUCUUCAUUUUAGGGAAAAGAGCAUGUCUGACAAAUUCCCCUGAGGAAAAAACAUUUGUCUAAAGUUUAAGCCUUAGAAAUUGACCCAGGGUGUUAGAAUGAGUCUGGGUGAUCCCAUACCUUGCUUGGUUCUUUGAGAUGGAAACAGCCUGAACCCCAAAUCCUGGUUUGAGAGUCACACUGAAGUGAUUCUGCUUAUAGACAGUGGUCCUCUGAUUACAGAUUCUUUUCUUCACUAAUUUACUUCAUGUUGUUUUUACAUCCACAGCAAAACAAAGUGAAAGAUAUUUUUGCUAUAACUACCUUUUUAUCAAGUUUGGGUGUCUGUUGUCACCAUUUUAUAUUCAUUACUCCAGAAAAAUCUGCUGUUUGCACAGUUUUAUUUAGCAGGUCUUUCAAACCAAGUGGAAGCCUUACCUGUCUUUGCCCUUAAUGGUGUAAAAACUGUAAAUAAUGUCUUGCACAGAGAGUUGAGGCCUGUGGUUUUGGACUUGCACCUUGUAGCUGCCUUUGCUUUAUCUGGCUUUACCUGAGUGUUGGGACCAGCUGAUCACAUUGAUCAGGAACUAAAGCCAAAUGCUUUGUGGUUUGAUAUGUAUGUGUCCCGUAAAAAAUCAUGAGGUUUUGAUUUUUAUAUUUUAAUUUAGGGUACAUUCCUUCCUUCUCCUGGUUUGUCAUAUGACUAGAAAAAGGGAAGCCUUAACCUGUAUUUGGUCCAAUUCCAAAUCCCCAUUUGUUUUGUUUUUAUUUUAUAAAUUUAUAAUUUUAACAAAGAGACCAGUGCCCUCUUCUGUCCCCACCACAACUCUGAAGCUGCCAAGAUUAUUGAGUGUGUAAACCCUCAAUGGAAAACUUUUGCCAAAUAGGAAGUUUCAACAAAAUCUCCCCAUAAGAAAAGAUUUGGAGAAUUAGUAGAUUUAAUACGUGCUUCCAUAAAAGUUUAUUAUGGUUAAUAGAUUCUCAUUUACUCCACAUGACGACUCUGUUUGAUCUUUGGGGAGAAAAAGUCUUUAAUGAAUUCCGUGAGGUGAUGACAGGUCACAUCAUCAUCAUUUACGUCACCUCCUUGAGGAUCCCUCCUGGGUGCAAAUGUGAUGGUGACCGCGGGGUCACCUGAGAACAGGCCGAAGUUUUAUAAAGUGUUCUUCCCCUACAGAAACGGGAGGAGAAGUUGUUUCCUAGUAUAGACAAACAAUGAGUGAUAUUCUAAGUUUCUGUAAAAAAGAAAAUGUCAUGUUACAGUUUAUGUAUUCUUUUAGCAUUACCUUAAAGGCUAGAAAAAAGGGAUAAAUCUUCAGAAAAGUAUCACAGUACAUUUUCAAAUUUAAACUUGAACCCCCAGUUCAUCUUCAGCCUUUGUUGUGCAUUUUUAAGGCUUCUUUAUUUUUGAUACACAGAAUGCAGUUGAUCUUUUAAAAUUGAAACAUCUAAGCUUAUCAGCAAAAGACAAAAGCAAAACUGCACAGUUGUAAUAAUCAAAUAGCAAUUAUACUGCACAAUUCAUUGAUUGUAACGUACCCUGUAACGAGCAAUGUCUGUCUCCUAUUUUUUGAUACCUCUUAAACUUACGUCUUUUAGAAAGACAAUGCCUCUGUAUGCUUUUUGUAUUUUUACUGAGUGUAAAUAUUUGUUAUAUUUUUGGUUAAAAGGAUGUAAAAGUACCAUUUAUUAUUAUCAUAUCUACUAAUACAUUGGUGGAAUCAAUAAAGCAUCUACAUUAACCUUC